UCGUUUUGUCCGCUAUACCAAAUCAACCGCAACAACUGCAACCUUCCCUUCGUCAUUAGAUAGAGCUUAGAAUCGUCGUGAUGCAAAUGGAACGUGGAUCUAAUGACAAUCACGGUCGUCGCUGGAAUGCAAUGGGUUUCAACACAACGGAAGAUAAAUUACCAAUGGAGGAUCUCACGACGAUAGUGAUACACUGAGCCUUUCGGUUUGGUUGGUGAGAAAUUUGGCUCAAGUUAGGGCUGGACUUGCUGUGGAUCAUUUGCAUUUUAUGUAGUUAAGAUUCAUAUAGAAGGGGUUUGAGGGGUGUUGAUUGUAAAGUGAUUCAUGGCAGCAGAGGUAACUGGUGGGGCAUUUCUCUCAGCCUCCCUUCAAGUGACUUUUGACAAGUUGGCUUCACGUGAGAUCAAGGAUUACUUCCAAGGAAGGAAACUCAAAGAUGAGACGCUCAAAAAGCUAGAUUUUGCGUUGAACUCUAUCAACCAAGUGCUGGAUGAUGCAGAGGAAAGGCAGUACCGAAGCCCAAAUGUGAUGAAGUGGCUUGAUGAUCUUAAAGAGGCUUUAUAUGAGGCAGAGUUGCUGUUAGAUGAAGUUGCUACCGAAGCAUCGCGAAAUCCUGCUACCAGCAAGGUGCUAGGCUUCUUCACGGCUUUUAUUAAUCCAUUUGACAAAGAAAUUGCGGCUAGGGUUAAAGAAGUAUUAGAGAACAUAAAAUUGUUGGCAGAGAAAAAGGAUACGCUAGGAUUGAGGAAGGGAAUUUGUGCUGGCAAUGAAGUUGGAGCCGGUUGGAAACUCUCCAGCAGAUUGCCAACUGCAUCCUUGUUGGAUGAAUCUAGCAUAUGUGGUAGAGAGGGUGAUAAAGAGCAAAUAAUCAAAAUUUUAGUUUCAGACAAUGUCACAUGCAAUCAAGUGCCAAUUAUUAGUAUAGUGGGCAUGGGAGGGAUGGGUAAGACCACCCUUGCUCAGCUUGUGUAUAAUGACCAAAGGAUACUGGACCAAUUUGACCUUAAAGCUUGGGUCUAUGUUUCACAAGAUUUUGAUGUUGUUGUUGUCACAAAAGCAAUUCUUAAGGCACUUCAGUCCUUAUCAGAGGAAGAAAGUGACUUGAAUUUGCUUCAACUUGAACUGAAGCAGAGAUUGAUGGGGAAGAAAUUUUUGCUUGUUUUAGAUGAUGUUUGGAACGAAAGCUACUCGAGUUGGGACGCACUACAAAUCCCCUUCAUUUUUGGAUCUUCAGGAAGUCGGGUUCUUGUUACUACACGUACUAAGAAUGUAGCAACAGUCAUGAACUCCUGUGAAUUACUUCAUUUAAAGCCAUUGGAGAAUAUGUAUUGUUGGAAGCUGUUUGUGAAUCUUGCAUUUCCUGACAAGGAUACCAACAAAUAUCCAAAUCUUGAAUCAGUUGGCAGUAAAAUUGUUGAGAAGUGUGGAGGAUUGCCUUUAGCUAUAAAAACAUUGGGAAAUAUCUUGCGAGCAAAAUUCUCCCAUCAUGAAUGGGUUAAGAUAUUGGAAAGUGAUAUGUGGCACUUAUCAGAGGAUGAUAGCAAAAUUAACCCUGCUUUGAGAUUGAGUUACCACAAUCUUCCUUCCUAUCUGAAGCGCUGUUUUGCUUAUUGCUCCAUAUUUCCCAAAGGUUAUGAGUUUGAUAGCGACCAGUUAAUCAAGUUGUGGAUGGCAGAAGGUUUGUUGAGUUGCUUCCAAAUAAAUAAGAAUGAAGAAGAGUUAGGUAGUGAUUUCUUUAAUGAUCUACUGGCAAGGUCAUUUUUCCAACAAUCAAUAUGCCGUGGUUCUCACUUCACUAUGCAUGAUCUUCUUAAUGAUUUAGCAAAAUCUGUGUCAGGAGAUUUUUGUUUACAAAUGGAGCGUAGUUUGGUGCAACAUAUACCUAGGAGAACGCGCCAUAUUUCAUGCUCUCACAAAUUUAGCCUUGACAAAUUUUUGGAUCAUAUUUGCAAGUGUAAUAGAUUGCGUUGUCUUGUGGCACUCACAUGGGAAUUUGGCAGGGGAGAUUUGAUGAACAGCAAUGCACAACGUGUUUUGUUUUCUAGAAUAAAAUAUUUGCGUGUGUUAUCCUUCAACAAUUGUCUUCUCAUAGAGUUAGUUGAUGAGAUAAGCAAUUUAAAGCUUUUGCGUUAUCUAGACCUUUCGUACACCAAGAUUAAAAGGUUGCCUGACUCCAUUUGUAUGCUGCAUAAUUUGCAGACACUAAUACUAAUAGGGUGCUAUCAUUUGACAGAGCUCCCCGUAGAAUUUCACAAACUUGUCAAUUUGCGCCAUCUUGAUGUGCGUAUGAGUGGAAUAAAUAAAAUGCCGAAGCACAUAGGAAGGCUGAAAAAUCUUAAGACCUUGACUUGUUUUUACAUCAGCAAGCAUAGUGGGCUUGAUAUUAAGGAGUUGGGAAAUCUCAACCAACUCCAAGGAACACUCUCAAUUUUUAAGUUAGAAAAUGUCAGUGAUCCUGCCGAUGCUACGGUGGCUAAUAUGAAUGAUAAAAAGAAUUUAGAAGAAUUGGUGUUGAAUUGGGGUGACAAAUAUGGUAGGUCCUAUCAAAAUGAUGACUCGAUAAUUGAAAGACAUGUCUUGGAUGCUCUUCAACCGAAUGGGAACUUGAGAAGGCUUACUGUUUUACAUUAUGAUGGAACUAGCUUUCCAAGUUGGUUUGGAGGUUCUCAUUUUCCCAAUUUAAUAUCCAUUUCGCUGACUGAAAGUAAAUUUUGUUUUAUGUUGCCACCAUUUGGUCAGCUCCCCUUUUUGAAGGAGCUGUCCAUAUCAUGCUUUUAUGGGAUAGAGAUCAUUGGUCCUGAGUUUUGUGGUGAUGAUUCCUCAAGUGUUCCAUUCAGAUCACUUGAAAUUUUGAAAUUCGAGGAAAUGAGUGCAUGGAAAGAAUGGUUCAGUUUUGAUGGUCAUGUAGAAGGUUUGUCUAGUCUCAAAGAGCUUUCUAUAAUGCGCUGUCCAUGGUUGAGAAAGGCUCUGCCUCAACACCUUCCUUCUUUGGAAAAAUUGGUAAUUUGUGAAUGCCAACACUUAGAGGAUUCAGUUCCCAAGGCUGCUAACAUUCAUGAGCUAGAGUUGCGUAGCUGUGAAAAUAUAUUGCUGAAAGAUUUACCAUCCAGCUUGAGCAAGGCCACGAUUCUUGGAACUCGUGUCAUUGAGUCCUGCCUCGAGCAAAUUCUGCUCAACAAUUCCUUUCUUGAAGAGUUAGGAAUACAUGACUUUCAAGCUCCGAAUCUAAACUGGUCCUCUUCGAAUUUGCAUAUACAAGAUUCUCUUGGAACUGUAUCUAUAACAAGCUGGUACUCCUCUUCGUUGCCAUUUGCACUAGACAUGUUUGCCAAUCUUCGUUCUCUACAUUUCUAUGAUUGUCCACAGCUUGAGUCGUUUCCUGAGGGGGGUUUGCCUUCAAACCUGCGCAAACUCGAAAUUGAGGGUUGCCCCAAACUGGUUGCAUCUAGGGAGGAGUGGGGAUUGUUCGAACUUCAUUCUUUGAAAGAGUUGAGGGUUAGUGAUGACUUUGAAAACGUGGAGUCUUUUCCAGAGGAGGGGUUGCUGCCAUCCAGUCUCAGUGAUCUAUACUUAAUUGGAUGUUCAAAGCUAACAACAACAAACUCUUCGGGUUUUCUCCACCUCAAAUCUCUCAAAUCCUUCUAUAUUCUAACAUGCCCUCGUCUUGAGUGCUUGCCAGAAGAAGGCUUAACAAACACUCGUUCUGUUCUGUUCAUUCUUAGUUGCCCUUUACUAGAGCAGCGGUACCAAAAGGAUGGAGAGCAUUGGCAUAAAAUUCACCAUAUCCCUUCUGUGAUGAUUAAUUGACUGCUGAAACAUGCAACACAUUCAUCCGUAAGUUUAUAUCCACUUUUAUGUCAAACAUAUUUGUGUAGUUUCUUUUGGUGGAAAUGAAUUAGAUAUCCAUCCCACCAUAACCAUGAUCGGAUUUCUUGUUUGUUCUAACUAUUACACAUGCAUAAUCAAAGUUCUUAUAUAU